GAAUCGUCGUCGUCAUAAUGUCACGUGAGAGGCCUUUCGAACAGAUCAGUGUCUCAGUUUCGAACAGCUCAGCGCCUACGGUCUGUUCCAUACCAGCGCAAGCAUACCGGGUACAAUGAACUACUUCUACGACCUUGUGAACGCCUUCAUCGACACGUGCGACCCACGAGUGAGGAAUUGGCCGCUGAUGGGUAAUCCCACACCGAUGCUACUCUUGAUACUCGGCUACGUCGCGUUCUCGAUCUGGUGGGCACCGUGGCUGAUGCGAAGCCGCGAACCACUCCGCGUACGCGGACUGGUCCAGUCGUACAACCUCGCCAUGGUCAUCUGGAACGCUUACUUCGUCGUGGCCCUGGGGCGGCUGUCCUACUUCCACGAGGACGCGCGGAAGCGCUACAGCUGGCUCUGUCAGGGACCUGACUACACUCGAGGAGGCCUGCCCUUGCUCAGCCUGGCCUGGUGGUACCUCAUCAUGAAGCUCGCGGAACUCUUCGACACGGCGACUUUUGUGAUGACCAAGAACCUGAAUCACGUGACUGCGCUGCACGUCUUCCACCACGCGGUCGUCGCGGGCCUCAUGUGGUUCACGGUUCAGACUGGCGUCAUGGGGCAGAACGUUUUCUCCAUGGUCUUAAACGCCCUGGUGCACGUGCUGAUGUACGCGUACUACUUCCUCACCACGCUCGGACCCGAAGUGCGCAAAUGGCUCUGGUGGAAACGCUACCUGACUCAGGUCCAGAUGGCGCAACUCGCGUCCUUCGUGCUCUUUGGAGCCGUGCCCCUCUUCGUGGACUGCGGGUUCCCGCGAUGGUUGGCGCUGCUCAUGGUCGGAGUGCCGCUGGUGCUGCUGGUUAUGUUCUGCGCCUUUUACCGACGAUCGUACGCGGCCAAGGAAAGCCUCGGAUGGCUGGGAGACUGCCUUCAUGUUGAUGCGCACUCGAAACGCGGCUAACAUUCACCGUGCACCAAGUCGUGUGUUGUGUUGUGUAAAAAUAAAUGAUUUGGUUAAGCAGCUUA